AUGGGAAGCAUAGGGACAGUUCAGAUGACGGUGCAGGAGCUUGCUGGCGCCCUCGGCACGCCCGACGUGCCAGCCCAGUACAUCGUGCGCGCGCACCAGGACCAACAGCUCGCCGCGGCGGUCGUUGCACCGGUCCCUGUCAUUGACCUCGGCCGCCUUUUGAAGCACGGCGACGGCACCUCAAACGAGGCGGCGAAGCUCCGGUCAGCCAUCGAGUCCUGGGGCCUCUUUAUGGUCAGUAACCAUGGUGUAGACGCCGUAAUGGACGACAUGAUGGCCGCGUCGAGGGAGUUUUUCUGGCAGCCGCUCGAAGAGAAGCGGAGAUACACCAACCUGAUCAGCGGCGAGCGGUUCCAGUUCGAGGGGUACGGGAAUGACCGGGUGAGCUCGCCGGACCAAAUCCUUGAUUGGACGGACCGCCUCUACCUCAAGGUGGAGCCAGAGGACGAGCGGCACGUCGCCCUCUGGCCAGCCCAGCCCAAAACCUUUAGGGAUGCUCUGCACGAGUUUACGAAGAAAUGUGGGGGAGUGAAGGACGAUCUGCUCAGGGCAAUGGCGAAGCUGCUGGAACUUAACGACGAUGAUUACUUUGUGAAACACUUUGGAGAGAGGCCUCUUACUAACGCGAGGUGCAGCUACUACCCGGAGUGUCCAAGGCCGGAGCUCGUGUUUGGCCUUAAGCCCCACUCCGAUGGAACUGUUGUUACAGUCCUCAUGGUCGAUGACAGGAUUGGUGGCCUUCAAGUUCUCAAAGAUGGGGUCUGGUGGGAUGUACCGAUCGUACCUCACACAUUACUCCUGAUUAUAGGAGAUCAAACUGAGAUAAUGAGCAAUGGGAUCUUAAAAAGCCCUGUGCAUAGGGUCGUGACAAACACAAAGAAAGAGAGACUAUCGGUGGCACUAGACUACUCUGUUGAUCCUAAGAAAGAAAUCGAGCCAUCGGCUCAAUUGAUCAAUGAAAAGAGGUCGGCGUUGUACACAAAAGUGAAGAUCAAGGACUACUUUGCUAGAAAUUACAAUGAUUUUACUCAAGGCAAAAUGGCUAUCGAUACAGUGAAGGUCUAACUAAGUCUGCUAUCAUUGCUUUCAUUCAAUAAAAUGUGGCGAUUUUGCGACACAGGUUUUCAUCAUCUAUUCAUGUAUCAUCGCAUCCCUAAGUGUAUUCACUCUCUUUCUCAAUAACACAUGUUUCAGUUUUUGGCAUGGUUUACAUGCUAAUAAAAAAAGAGUUAUGAUGAUUGUAUAUUUGUACCAUGAAAAGGUAUGUGAUGAUAAUAAUUUCACAUGAGAAGAAAUCCAAAUAACUUUCUGGGUCGUAUGAACUUGCGUCCCGGAUGCUAAGUUACAAUGGUAAUCAAUGCGUCGAAGGUUUUAGUAGAAACUAAAGGAUGUAUUUUAAAUUGACAGUUAUUAGGAGGCCUAAUUUGCCGUAAGGGAGUCAUGCUAAUAAUACUUCUAGUUGUAGGUAUAAGUAUAACGAUCAACAAAGCCUUGCAAACAACAACGGAAAGCUAAAUGUUGCGCAAAUGGGCAUACUAGACAAAUAGAGCUGUGCACAUGAAACACACCUCAUCGUUUAAGAAAUAUCGUGCAUUUAAAAAAAAUCAACAAAGUGGUUCCACUAGUACAGAAAUGAGCAUUAGAUGCGUCCUCUGGAGAUGGUUUUGACCCCAAAAAAUCCAGCUCCAUGUAAUAGCCUAUAAGAGAUGAUUAUAUUUUUAUUUUAUUUUAUUGCGGGAAGAGAUGGUUAUAUUUGUUAGCAAAACUAUUGGAGGCGGUUUCAAAAGUGGAAUCGCAUAUAGUAUUAGGUGGAGGUGGUUCGUUUGAUGAGACCACCUCUAGUUUCUGGGAUCCUUGGGCAGUUUUGUGUUCUAAACUUCUUUGAUUAUUUAGUACCUCAGGGCACCCUAGGGCGUACCUGGCGAUGCUGAGAUUCUGAUUUAAACUUGGCACAUGUUGAACGUUCACGAACAUCAUAGUCUGCUCAUAUGCAAGUGGAUGU